AUGAACCAAAUAAUGAUAAUUCCUGAAAGGAAUAAUUCACAAGACCAUCAAAUCUAAAACAGACCAAAAUUUUUCGCACAAACAGCACAAUUGACUGGUCAUGGAGCUGAAGUCCUAUGCGUAAAAUUUUCCCCUUGUGGUAAUUAUUUAGUAAGUGCAGGAUUUGAUAAACAAAUAUUUUUAUGGGAUGUAUAUAAUAAUUGCAAUAAUUUUGGUGUUUUAAAAAAUCAUUCAAAUGUUAUUUUAGAUUUAAAUUUUUCAACGGAUGGCACCCGCUUAUAUUCCGCAUCUGCUGAUAAAUCCUUAAUAAUAUGGGAUUUCGAAUAAAUGAAAAGUAUUAAAAAAUUAAAAGAACAUACAGCGUUCGUAAACACUUGCCAUUCAGCAAGAAGAGGCCCUGAUUCUUUGAUUUCUGGUAGUGACGAUGGGAAUGUUAAAUUAUGGGAUUUAAGAUAAAAAACUUCCGCCUAAACUUAUUCGAGUAAAGUUCCAGUCACUUCAGUAUCUUUUAACGAUCCUUCAGAUAAGAUUUUUAUUGCCGGAAUCGAUAAUGAAAUUAAAGUUUUUGAUUUGAGAAAAAAGAUUAUAGAUUAUACACUUUAUGGACACACAGAUACAGUCACAGGAAUUUGCUUAAGUCAUGAUGGAAGUUAUCUUUUAUCAAAUUCUAUGGAUCAAACUGUUAGAUGUUUUGAUAUUAGACCACAUGUCACGACUAAUAGAUGUGUCAAAAUUUAUUAAGGAAAUAGACAUUCACAUGAAAAAAAUUUACUUAGAGUUUCCUGGAGCCCUGAUGGGGAUAUGUGCUCUGCUGGAUCGGCAGAUAAGUAUUUGUAUAUAUGGGAUACUACAACUAAAUAAAUAAUACAUAGACUAGGAGGACAUAAUGGUUCUGUAAAUGAUGUGUAAUAUAGUCCUACUGAUAAUUUAAUUGCUACUGCUUCAAGUGAUAAAACUGUAGUUAUAGGAGAAAUACCUUAAUAUAAUUUUUGAUUUUUUUUUUUUUAAAUGAAAAUAAUUUUAUAUUUAUAUUAACAAUUUUCAUUUUAAUUACUUUUAAAUUUUUAU